UCUGUCUGCGAGCUUUCCGAGGCGGAAUCCACAGAAAGGAAGGACCGGAAGAUUCAAGAAAGAGCUUUUUUUAUCCCUGUUUUGUUUCUGCAACAGGCGUAGCCCUGUUCGGUAUUCCUCGGUCAGUCAGAUGGAGAACGGGACCGACAAUAUCCUCCGGUCUCGCAACGGAGCCAUCCCCCAAAUGCCGGGCUCGGACCGGGGACCUGAUCCCGGAAAUGAGCAGCAAAGCAACGGAGGAAGCCACAUCCUCAGCAACGGUGAGCAGUCUGACCGGAUUCAGGAAACUGCGGACGGGAUCAUUGAAGCAGACGGUGUCAUCAGCAAAAAGAUGCAACUAAAGAGGAAGGCAGAGCACCUGAAGAAUGACCUUCUGCGUCAGUUUGACAGCCAGGUCAGCGACUUGGUGGAUCAUCUUCUAGAGGAGUCGUCCAGCCUGGAGCGUUCCUCUGUGCCUGCAGCCUUCUCCCCCCCCAUGUCGGAUAGGGAGAGGGCCAAGCUCGGUCACUUUCGCCCUCCUCACGGGGAGGGCAAGCAUUUCACAAACAGGAGGUCUCUUCUUGAUGAGCUUUUUGAAGUGGACCACAUCAGGACCAUCUACCACAUGUUCAUCGCGCUGCUCAUCCUCUUCAUCCUCAGCACACUUGUGGUAGAUUUUAUUGAUGAAGGCAGGUUGGUGCUGGACUUUGACCUGCUGGUUUAUGCGUUUGGCCAGUUCCCUCUAGUGGUGUGCACGUGGAUGUGCAUGUUCCUGUCUGUGUUUCUGGUGCCCUACACCCUGUUCCACCUGUGGGCUCAGAGCCAGUCGGGCUCCUAUGGCCACCCCAGGGUGUCCAGUCUGCUGUUGGGUUCUGCGUUCCUGCUGUAUCAAGUUCUGGGUCUGGGACUGCUUCCUGCGUAUGUCGUUGUGACCAACAGCUUACCGCCGGCAUCCUGCUUCAUCAUCAUUAUUGAACAGGUUCGUUUAAUGAUGAAAGCGCAUUCGUUUGUCAGGGAGAACGUUCCAAAAGUCCUCUCCUGGGCAAAGGAUAAGACAAGUCCUGGUCCAGCCGUCCCUCAGGUCUCUCAGUACCUCUACUUCCUGUUUGCCCCGACUCUUAUCUACAGAGACAAAUAUCCAAGGAACCCUGUUACAAGAUGGAGCUAUGUGGCCUCCAACUUUCUUCAGGUCCUGGGCUGCCUCUGUUAUGCCUACUACGUGUUCGUGCGGCUGUGCAUCCCGCAGUUCCGCAGCAUCAGUCUGCAGUUUUUGGAUCUGAGGGCGAUGGUCCUCUGUGUCUUCAACUCCAUCCUGCCAGGAGUUUUGGUUCUCCUGCUGGCAUUUUUUGCUUUCCUGCACUGCUGGCUCAAUGCUUUUGCAGAGAUGCUUCGCUUUGCAGACAGAAUGUUUUACAAGGACUGGUGGAAUUCAACCUCUUUUGCAAAUUACUAUCGAACUUGGAACGUGGUGGUGCACGACUGGCUGUAUUACUACGUCUACAGAGAUUUCCUGUUGAUUUCUCAGAAGCGUUUCAGACUAGCCGCCAUGCUCUUCGUCUUCACCAUCUCCGCCGUGGUCCAUGAGUACAUUCUAGCCGUGUGCUUCGGCUUCUUUUACCCCGUGCUCUUCUGCCUCUUCAUGUGUUUUGGAAUGAUGUUCAACUUCAUCCUGCAUGACCGACGGAAAGGCCCCAUCUGGAACGUCAUCAUGUGGACGGCUCUGUUCCUGGGUCAGGGCGUGAUCAUCUGUCUGUACUCCCAGGAGUGGUACGCUCAGAGAUACUGUCCUGUGAAGGAGCCGUCUUUUCUGGAGUGGGUUACUCCUCGGUCCUGGAGCUGUCAAACGGGCUUAAGGACAGACUGAAGAGUUUUGACUCGACUGGGAUUAUAGUAAGACGUAGUGCUAGUCCUGAUCACUGGAGGGUUUCUGUUAAUUUAAAUAUUUAUGGUUUUUUCUUGUCUUUGCACUAAAGUUGGAAGUCUGUAAGAAUGUAUGGCAAAGCUUCUGCUGAAAUGCCAAAAACAGCACCGUCACUGAUGCCUUAUGUGUUUGUCAGACAUCACAAAGAAGUACCUGUAAGCACCUUCUUCCAUGUACUUAUGUACUGUUUGUAUUUUUUAAGUUGUCUCUUUGAGUAGAUCGACUGUGAAAACCCUCUUUGUGCCAACAAGAUCGCGGCAAUAUUGACUCACGGCAGCUGAACGCAGACAGAAUUGGCUUUUUGCAAUCACUCUUUGGUGGUUUACACAUGUAGACUGAAACAUUUACUUUUAGUGCCAAAAAAAGAGGGGUUAACACGUGUGUCCAGCUGUUUGAACCUAAUAAGCAAGAGGUGCCACACCUGCUGUCUUUGUCUCGGGAUUUCUGGGUAAUUUGUUGGUAACCUUAGUAAUCAAAUCAGGACUUUAACACUGAAGUCGGUGAACCCAAAUGUAGGGCUGCUGGCUGUGCUGUUUCAAUCUGAAUUGGUGAUUCUCUAUGAACUAAAUGUGUUUUGGAAGCACAUGUCAGCAGAUGUUAGCUGCUAUGUGAAAUCACUGAAAUAAGUACAACUGUGAGAUUUAAAGGCUGCCAGAAUGUUCCAACAAACACGGUGAUGCUUCAGCAGCCAGGGCUACCAUAUUUUCUGCUGUCGUCCUAUUUCAUACCGGUUUGCUGUGUGGUAUUGAAGAAGAUUAUAUUUUCUAUGGAAAGUCAUUGCACAUUUUAAAAAAAAAUGUUGCAUUUCAGGGAUUUUUCUGAUGCUCUUUAAAACGUUGAUUCUAUGUGUGCUAUAAUGACCACAAGGUGGCGCUAUAGCAGCACCUCGAAUGUAGUGAAGAUUCAUUUUGAGUGACGUUUCCCCACAUGACAAAACUUUGUAUUAUGAACUCAAACUAACACUUUUAAACAUGUAAAGACAUUUUUGACAUCAUUUGGAUACUUUUGUCAGAUGAGUGUCUCUUUUUGUUCACAAUAAUAUCAAAUUGUAAAGAAUCUGUUGACUAAAAAUUUGAUUUUUGAUUGAUUUUCUGUUACUUUUCCAUUUAAUUUAUUUUGUUAUAUAUGUUGUAACGCCUCUUUUCUGUGUCUUUACAUAAAUGAUUGUUCUCUGUCAAAGUAAUAAUUGCUGGAAUAAAAGUCUAUUCCCUUA